CCAUCGAAACAUACAUUUUUUUUUUUUUUACUAGACUGUUAAAGUCAAAGUAGGAAAUUAGAGUUCAGUGAAAAAGAGGGUCCAGUCAAGAGGGAGACCAGGUUUCUAUCACAGACAUUUCUAGGCCAGCCCUGAUCAGAGCCCAGUGGACACCAAUGAUAUCACAAAGUCUGCGUGGUCACAGAGGCAGCUCCCUGACCAAUGAGGGGCUGGAGCCCAGGGAUAUAGUGGACAGGAGUAAACGCUGGUAUCCAGAGAGGCCCAGACCAGCAGACAAUCCAGCCAGGCCGAUCAGGGCAAAACCCAGCAGACAUCAUGCCUGGGAAGAGAAGUCGCCAGCUCUCGCUUAGGCAUAAGAGGCAGGCCCAGUCCCGCUCUACGAGAGCUGAGCUGCAGUUCCCCGUUAGCCGCGUGGACCGCUUCCUGCGACAGGGUCCCUAUGGCCAGCGCCUGAGCUCGUCCACGCCUGUUUUCCUCGCUGGAGUUCUCGAGUACCUGACGGCCAACAUCCUGGAGCAGGCGAGCAAGGAGGCCCACAGCAGCCGCAAGAUCCGCAUCACCCCAGAACACGUGCAGAGGGCCGUAGACAACAACCUGAACCUCAGCCACCUCUUUGAGAAUGACAACUACAGUCAGGAUGAGCAGAUGCCACAACCCAGUAGGAAGUGAUGCCUGGGUCCCAGAGCCCGGCGAGACCUCCUCAACAGCUUCAUCUCAUCCCCCAAACUGCCCAGAUGAGGGGGGCUUGGUCUGC